GUUUGAAGAGGACGGAAUACUAAUGAGAUAAAGGAAUGCAAUAAACUAUUAUUGUAAAAGUUGUGAGAGGCUAAAGGAUAUGGUAAGACUAAACGAUGAAGUUACAAGAAUGAAUUGAAAGAAAAAAAUUGUGCCAACACGAAUACCGGUUAAUACCAGUGGUAAUAAGGCCUAUAUCGGUUGUGAUGCAAUAGACUCAUUUCCUCCUCAGCAAGGUUCUCGGAUUUGUGACUUGGGUAACCUGUAUGAUCAGGUGGUGGGCAAGCUGCAGGCGAGAUAAGAGGCUGUACAGUCAAUCGCUUGGCUUUGUUGCAUUUCUUGCACAAUUUACUUCGUCGAAACUUGAUCGUUUUUCUCUCGAGUUUCGCUUGGAAUUUAUUGUGUUCAUCUUCGUAUCUAUUGGUGUCGUAUCAGGGGAGGUGUUUUAGACAGGAACUGGUGAGAUAUAAGUCGAAGUUUCGUAUCGGUAGCCGUGUUUAAACCGUCCUGUUGCCACGUGUGUUGGCGGUGUAGGAAGUGAAACAGCAGCUGCAUUUGGUCCGUUUUCCUCAGGAAAACUCUCGAAAUACUUCAGCCUUGUUGAAGAACACUAGCAGAGACUGCCAGCCGCCUUGUGAAGCAAACUUGAAGCCCAAAACGGGAGGCACAUCGUCCUCGUUUCGUUUGUGAAACACCAACUGGAUUUGUGGAUAUAUCAACUUGUCUGCGUUUUGUCUUGGACAUAUUGUCGGUGUCUGGUAUCAUCAUAACUCGUGUGUAUUAAGUAAAUCCUUGCUCGGUUACACAAACUUCCCUUCUAUAAGAAGUACUGGUGGGAUAGACGUUACUCAGAUAUUGUACGGAGCCGCAUGAGUUCGGCCACGACAAGCUCUGCUACUGAAGUGGAUAUCACAAUUUCAAAAAAGGUGGGGUUGUUUCCAAACUGUUUCCUGUAGUUAUGUCUGAGUUCGUUUUAACGUCUUUCGGAUAGUGGCAAAGCGAAAACGAACGAAGGCUACGUUCUUUUACGAAGAGUACGGUGGUUAGAAGAACUUUUAAAAAUAACACUGUGCGUGGGAAGUCAGUCCGUACGUGUUAAAACGUAUGGCGGCCAUGUUUAUUGACCCCUCGAAGUUAUCAGCCAUCGAAUUUUUCCCAUUUCGUUUACAUUACCGUUCCCUGUCAGGAAAAAUUGGAAAUACGAGCUCUAAGUUUAUCUUUUAUUCAGUAUUCCAGCUGCCGUGUCAUCGUUUUUGAUGCGCUAAAUGUCUGCGAAAAUAGACAAUGUUUAAUUUAAAAUUUCGAGGCCACAAAUUGAUUGAUCCUCUGAUCGUAUGACCAAAAGUGUCCUACGCCGAAAAGCUCGGCCAAAAUGAGUCAGCACUUCGAGAAAUUCGACUUACUUACUUUAAAAGAUGUCACUCAGGCGUGAAAUAGCAUCAAUUUGUGGUUUAAACUAGUGAAUAUUAUUUGUUCCUUUGUAUUGUAUGUUGGCCCUUCUGUUAUAUUACUUAGUAUAUCAGAUGGCAGGCUAUCAUUAUUACAGUAAGACACUGCCAAAGUUAUAAUCGAAUAGCCACAAUUUUCAUUGUUAUAAAGUGAAAUUGAUUAAAACCUCUACAUUUCUGGAUGCAAGUUUCGAGGGAUGUUCAGUAUUUCUUAAGCGAUGAGCUGAUACGAUACAAAAUUGCAAAAUCUUUUCCCUGAAAGCUUGCCUCAUUAUUUUUAAUUGGGGGUUUAUAUUAAAUCUGAAUGUGGGAUUGAUUUGUUAAAUUUUAGAAAGAGGUUGCUUCAGAAAAGAUUUAUAUUACUCUCAUGAUGAUGUAAAAGAGUCCCCCCCUGCCCUUCCCAGGACCGGUUACUCCCCCCCCCCCCACCUAUUUUGGUGGACACCUGAGCCAUAAUAAUGUUGCUUGUGUCUAAUCUGUUAAUCACAAGUAAAAUUGUCUGGCAUUAGGCUAAGUAGACACAUACACCAUUAAUUUUAGCAAGACCAAAUGUCCAUUUAGUCUGUAAAUCAGGACUGUGAAUCAUCAAAUUAUGCAUGACCAGACAUAGUCACGUUUAAAUGUCUGUGUAUUGUAUGUUUUUUGUUUUUUUUAAACACUUUACCCAGAAGACAUGUUUUCACAAUAUCAUUUUCUAGGAAACUAUGUAGACUUGCAUAAUAUUGCCCAAAUUUUUCCACCUAUUUAUCAAUUUGUUUAUCAGGGCUCGAAAUAACGUUUCCAACGUUCCCGAUCAUGCUGAUAAGCAGUCAUGAUUUUCUGCUGAUCAAAUGAAAAUCUGGCCAAUCGGUAUAGGAUAUGUUGUGUUUAUAUGUUCUGUGAUAAUACCAUAGUAUUGCAUGGUGUCUGUUAACAAUAUUAACCAUGUUUUUGAGACGAUGGUUCUUGCCGAUCAAGAUGAUCGAUAAUCUUGCUUCUCUGCCGAUCAAAAGCAAUUUCCUGCCGAUCAUUGAUCGUUGAUCGGCCGUUAUUUCGAACCCUGGUUCAUUUUAAAUCAGCUGAAAUUAUACCCAUUUCAAUGAUGUGACGAUGCAUAUUGAUCAAUUAUAAUAGCUAUGUUAUUCUUAAAAAAAAUUCACAAUCAGUUAUAGAUUUUGUACAUUGCAACAUAUUAUUAGUGGACAAAACACUGUUUUCUAAAAGUCUAGGGCAAAAUUACUUGAAUCUACAGGCAAUAACCAGCAAUUUACUGUAUAUGUUUCUGGGCUAGCCUUGACAGAGAGACUUGUUUGUGGGACUGUUAAAUUUAGUGUGGAGGUGUUACAUGAGUAGUUAUUGAAAGUGUCAUAGUAUUUAACACAUUAUAUAACACGUUCUGUAAGGUAUAUGACAGUCACUUAGUAUGAAGUAGGCCUGUUUUGUGUACCAAUUGAAAAUAUCGACAUUGAAUGCAAUAUUGGUGUACAUUUUUCAGCCAUACAAAUUCCACGGAAUUUCUGAUAAUAGCAGAAUUUUUUUUUUCGUAUACCAAAAAUUUUUGAUAUGCUAAAAUUAUCCAUUAGGAAAUGCAACAGAAUUCUACUGCCUAUUCAGAAAUAUCAGCGCAGAAAUAUCAUUUCAAAGAAUUAUUUGAAAACAAACAUUUCCAAUGGCAAUGUUAUCCAUUUUACUUUUUCACAUAUGAAAUCUUCUCAGGUUGAAUAGUAUUUUUUUUUUAUAUUACUAUAUAGCAAAAUGAGUAGUGAAAUCCACAAAACGGAUAGCGAAUCGCGAUUCGCUAUCUGUUAAUUCAAAUCCUGAAAGAAGUACACAUUUGUGAGGGAAUGCUCUGUAGUGUUUCCACAUAUUAUGAAGUCUCCUUCAAACAUCCAUUAAAAUUUUCCUCUCUAAUUAGCAAGGUCCAAAAACCCUAAUAAGGGCCAUCACUCGAAAGUUGAGAAGUGUUUUACCUGUCAGAUUGAAUGAUUGUUAUGUACUUUACAGAACAUUUUAUAUUAUUCUGUGUGCAUUGCAAUGUGGUACAACGUUACAAGUUUUGUUAUACUUAUUUAGUCACCACCAUCAUCUGAGGACCAGAAAGGUCACCUCAAUCCUGAUGCAGCUGUCUUUGAGACUGGGUAGGUUCUGUUAAAACAUAAAAUUUAUAUUCAACUUGGUAAAAUGAUCUUGCUCAUUAACCUUUUAACUUCAUUCAAAAGACUGUAUUUGUUCCUUUAUAUAUUUAAUAACAGUAAAUCUAAGGUUGAAUCAAAGAGUUACAUAACAAGAAGUUAUAACAUGCAUUUGUUCUCCAACAAGAGAUAAGAGAUAAGAGAUAAUUUUAAUUUGCCACAGAUAUCAGUUAUGUACAAGUUAUUUUAUGAUAAUAAUAUAGUUAAUUUUAAAUAGUCAAUAUGUAUACACCAUAAAAUAGAUAUCGGUGGCAAGGAGGCAUCCGGAAACCAUAGGGCUUGUAAAUAGGAUGUCUCCUUGGAGCAGUAGUAACAGAAAAUAUAGAUCAGAAAAAUGAUUAGUUAGGAGAGGUCAAGAAAAACGUAAUUAGACAUCUAGCAAGUAUUUCAAAAUUCUAUUCCUGAAGCAAUUGAUAGUCUGUGCACUUUUGACGGACUCUGGGAGAGAAUUCCACAAUUUGGGUCCUUGAAAUAGGAUGGUAAACUGCAUUACAUUUGUUCUACAUGCAUGAGCUCGGUAUGAACUCGCAUUUCUGGUGUUGUAAUCAUGGAUUUCAUUGUUGGUAAUAAACAGAUUGAGAAAAGAAGGUGGUAAUAGCUGAUUGUGGUAAGAAAACAUAAAUUUACCAAUAUGGAAGGAAUUAAGCUGAUAUAUAUUGAGUAUUUUUAAUUUACUAAAUAGUGGAGCAGUAUGCGCCCGGUAAUUAGAAUUGGUCAGUACUCUGACAAUUCGUUUCUGUAAUAGAAAUAUGCGACUUAAAUUGGAAACAUAGGUGGAGGACCAAGCAGUGUUACAAUAGGUAAGGUAUGGGUAGAUUAACGUAUAGUACAAUGACAAUUUAGUACUAGCUAACAAGUAAAAACGAGCUCGAUAAAUUAUGCCGAUAGACUUAGAAAUCUUUUUACAGAGAUCUCUGUUUAACAUUAAAUUCAUGCAAUACUUGAAGUAGUAAGAUGCCCUGGUCAGUGUUGCCGAUGGCCACAGUUUCUUAGCGAAAUAGAUAUCCAAUGUUACUUUAAUACUUUUCCUUUAGAUCAGUGAGCAAAGACUCGCUUAAAAAGCCAGAAACACAGCGUGAUCAGGAGCCAAAGGAACAGAUGCCUUCUCCGCUACCCACACCUGGCGGCGACGGUGGUGUUAUAGUGAAUGGUGGUGAGCCUAGUGUGUUUGUUGAGCCACGCGCUGGUGCUAGGCAAAAUAUCCCUGAACAUAUAAAACCGGAUGAACUGUCUAAAGACGAACUAAGGACACUUGUCCGACAGCAGCUAGAAUACUAUUUCUCAAGGUUUGUACUUCAUUCAGUAAGGGAAUGAAUCUAAUUAUAAUUUAUAAUAAUCUGUAAACAACAGGCAGCUGUAUAAAUCUUACUCAUAAAAGGGCAAUAUCACAGCGAGUUUCAAAAUGUGUUACACCCGAUUGGAUCAAGUUUCGGGGUUCGAAAUAACAGCUUGUGAUUCGUGAAUCAUGAAUCAAUUUUGAGUUUUCAUGAACGCAAUUUCAUAAAAAUUGAUCAAAGUCACGAAUCAAAUGUCUCUCAAAUUGAUAAAAAUAUACAGUAAUAAAUUCAGUUCUUUGUAAAUGUGAUGAAGGGCCAUAUAUUUUGAAGGUAUUGUUGUUAGAUUGUACUUAAAAACUAUUAUAAUUCCACCCAAAAUUUUAUUUCUUUGCGAGUUUGCGAUGUAUAUAUUUGAAAAUUGCACUGCUUCUACUUUUUAAGUUUUAACUUCCAAUUAGUGAAAAUUCCAAGAAAAUUCCUUAAAAUUUCCUUAAGAUAAAAAAUCGAUUCACGAACCAUUUUUUCAGAAUUAAUUCGAACCCUUUUAUUCUACCAGAGUUAUGUAUUGUAAUAAUUUUAUCUAAUUAAAUUAAUAAUAAUGAGUUUCGACUUAUUUGAUUUUUUAUAGAGAAAAUUUAGCUGGUGACACUUACUUAGGUGAGUUGUAUUCCAUAUCGUAUUUUACUCCCCAGAUAUUUUGCUCAAGUAACAAACACGAUUUGAGGUGUCCAAACUGUAUAUCUACUUUUGAUACAAGGCACAUUGCGGUACAGUGCAAUUUAAUGGGUUAACUAGACACAUACGCGUGGUUAAUCCAUUGAGCACCAGCGCUCUCUCCUUGACGAGUAAAAUCAUCUGGCAUUAGACGGUAAAAUAAUAAAGUAUGGUGCAUUACUGCCCAAUGUAACUUGAUGGGUUAAACUAUAAUUUGUUGUUUUCUUGUGUUAUGAUAUAGUUUCUCAGAUGGACAGUGAUCAAUAUGUCUUGAUUCAAAUUGUGGCCAAUUUUAAUCAGGUAUGUUGAAUUAAGUAAACUUUAAUAUGAAGGAAAAUGUUAUUGUAGUUGAAACAAUUAAAAUAAUGUUUUUUAAUGAAUUUAGUAUUUUGGACUGGAACCCAACAUUGAUAUUGCUGUUGAAUGUUUCAGUUGUUCUGUUGUUUUUUUGGUAUUGUUGCUGUCUAAGCUUAUCUUGUUGAAUGAACUCAUGUUUAUAUUGUUACUUUAUUUAGAUGAAGAAACUUACGAAUGAUAUUGAACUUGUUAAAGAAGCCAUAAAAGAGUCAGCAUACCUACAGAUGGAUGAAUCUCUCACAAAGAUGCGGCCUAACAUGAAACGGUGUAUAGUCAUUUUACGCGAAGUUCCAGAAUCCACUUCUGUGGAGGUAUAGCAGAGCUUACAUUUAUAAAAAAUAACUUGAAAUGGCUGUCACAAACAUUGAAAUUUUACAUGAGAGUACAUAAUUUUUUUAUUUGACACUGUUCACACUUUGAUGCAGGGGGGGGGGGUGUACACCACUCCUAGCCUUGGACAGGGGGGUGCUUAUCAAAUCCAUUUUUGGAUGGGGAAAGAAAAUUUAAAAAAAAUAUGACCAAAUGAGGUAGUAACAUGAUUAUGCAAUUGUUAAAGUGCGAUUAACCACAAAUAUGAUUUUUGGUUUGUGUAAUAUUUGGGUCAUUCGAAGAAGAAAUAAAGAAUCCCUUCUUGAUCAACUUUUUCACUGUCAAAGUUUCCGGAUAUGAUGACAUUAGGUCAAUUUUUGGUACAAAAAACAAAGGAAAACUAAUUUGCAAUUCACCUAAUGACAUCAUAUCCGAAAACUUUGACAGUGAAAAAGUUGAUCAAGAAGGGAUUUUUUAUUAUAAAGAUAUAUUACAUUUCUUCGAAUGACCCAAAUAUUACACAUGCCAAAAAUGAUAUUUGUGCAGGCAUGAUCUGGUAGGGGGGUGCUCUGGUGCCAACUGCUGAGUUGUGUCGGUCAUGUGUGCUGCACAUCAACUACUGUAUUUGAAUUGUAAUUGUUGUUCACAGUUCACUUAUUGUGUUAUUACUCAAAUUACUGUAUCUCAUUUUGUCUUUUUUGCUUUAUCAUAAAAAUAGCACCCUCCCCUGCACCCCCUUGGGAGGGGAGGAGGUGCACCUCCCCCCCCCCCAGUAAAUCCAUCCCUGUAUUUGUGGUUAGUUGCAUGCACAACUACAGACUGCCUUUUAUUUAAUACAAAAUUUUGCAUCAUAUUUAAUUUGCAGGAAGUAGAAGAAUUAUUUAGUGGAGAAGGUUGUCCAAAAUACAUCAGCUGUGAGCCAGCUCACAACAAUUAUUGGUACAUUCAGUUUGAAUCUGAAGAUUGUGCUCAAAAGGUGUGUAAACCAUUGAUUCAAUGACAGUAUGUAACCGGGCUCGAAAUGGCGGGCUGCCAACGGGCAAAAGCAGGCCAUAUUUUAGAAAUGGCAGACAAAAACAAAUUUGAAUUGCCAAAGUAAAAAAAAUGGCAGUAGAUAUAUUUAAUUUCAUUUACCAUAAUUAGUUGACAAAAUACAUUUAUAUUUGAAAUGUACAUCCAAGUUUACUGUAGUAAAAUAGACAAGUUUAAAAACAAUAAAAAUGCAUACCAUGAAAACAUUGAUUUUUACAAUAUGACUCAUACUGUAUGUGACAUUGCCAUUUUGGUAGUUCAAUGAAUAAAAAUGCAGACUAAAAUUUAUUUCACUUGCCAAAAAUUCUUAGACUGGCAGGCCAUAUUUUUUCUCUACUUUGCGCCCUGGUAUGUAAAUCGUUUGUUCUUGUAAGUGUUAUUUUUAACUUGUUAUUAAACGUUCUAGGCAUAUCGCUAUCUUCGAGAGGAUAUUAAGACCUUCAAGGGAAAGCCAAUUAUGGUAAUGAUUAUUGUUUGAUUAACUUUUACAAUAAGUGCUUUGUAAAUUUGUAUGGCGAUAAGGAAAACCCAAACUUAAUUAGAUAAGAACUGCCCAGGUAUUAUAAACCUUUUGUUAACUUCCCAGGCAAGAAUAAAAGCCAAGCCAAUACCAAGAGCUGGCUCAAACUUUAUACAGAAAAAUGGCAUGAGACAGGUAAAAUGCAAUCAUUUUGAGUUUACUUCACUUUCCCUGGUUCUCAAGUUCCGCUUUCAAUCACUAAGAAUUUAAUCUAUUGAUUGAAACAUUAUAAACUGUUAUUUUGUUAUACAUGUCUGUAUUCACAGUACACCAUAAUUAUUUGUUUUUCCACCCUGUUUUUUUCAUGUAGACCAAUGAACCUCCAACAAUCCCACCAAUUUCAUCACCUGCAUUUCGAUAUCCUGUUUCACCAAUUUAUGGAAAUCACCAGGUACAUCAGGUUUGCUGGUUAGAAUACAGUAAUGCUGCCCUCCCAAUUUUUUACAGCAAACUUUCAAUUGCCACCAAAAAUGAAAUUAUCGACAGUAAUUUUUAGCAUUAAUAUAACUCUCAUUUGAUUUAUUUCUAUAGGGUUAUUCCUUUUUCCAGCCAGGUGUUAUGACACAAUGGGCUGCUGGUCAGCACUACUUUGAUCCCACACUGGUAUGACAUUUUGUUUGCUUACAAUAGUUUUCGUAAAUUAAUGCUGUAAGCAUUAGUAAGUGUGUUUAUUAUGUCUCUUCUCAUUAGAUUCCAACUCUUGCAAACAAUGCAUAUCAUUCUCAUAACUUCAAUAAGGGCAAUAGUAAGUAUCUAAUAUAAUACUUUCCAGAAAGCAUGUCAAUUUGGCUAUAGAUCCUUGGAUUCAUGUGUAUGUGUCAUUAAUCAAAGCCCAAUAUCUCAAUCAUGGAAACGAGGCUCUAUAGCCAAGAUGACAUACUUUCCAGAAACGUGUAUUCUGAACUAUACAUACUAUAUCAAUUUUGGGUGUGGUUUUGUGUUUGAUGACAGUGACUCAGGGUUCGUAGCGGUCUUUGAAAUCCUUGAAAGUCUUUAAAUUGGAAUGCAGGUCUUUGAGGUCUUUGAAAAGUCUUUAAAUUGUGUGAAAAAGCGAAGAAAGUCUUUAAAAGUCUUUAAAUUAUUUAGUGAGGAAUUGAUUAUACGAUUUCCUAGGUAAUAAAAUAGAUUGAUUGAAUCAAGAUUUUCGCAAAUAUCGACGAAAAUGCGCAUUUUAGGAUGGGAUGUGGCGGGACUAAUUACCAGGUAAAAAUGGUGCUUACACUUGCAAUUUUUCGACAGCUGAUUGCUCUCAAAGGUCUUUGAAAAGUCUUUGAAAAUAGGCAGAAAAAAUCUUUGAAAGUCUUUGAUUUUUUUUGGUCUUGGAGACUACGAACCCUGUGACUGCAUGGCCGGACAUCCCCUGAGAAUUUUCGAACCUCCCUUUGGGAAAGUUUCAAUCAAUUCAAUGAUAAAUCAAAGUGAAAAUUUGAUAUUUUUGGUUGCUUAGAAAUUUUGUAAGAAAGUUUUUCUUCUAAGUCCUAACUUUCCAUGGGGGUCAUCAGCUAGACUGCUGCACCUUGCCUAAAUUUUUUUCCACCUCCCCCACUAUUUCCACCCAAAUCCUGCCUUGAAUGACUGUAAAAUGUUAUGUGACUGGCACACCCAUGAACCUCAGAUGUGAAUCUCCCAUACAAUUAUGCAAAUUAACAGUUUUUAAAGCUAGCAACUAUCCAUUAUCUUCCAGACCAUCAAGGAAACAGGCCGUAUUACCAAAAUAAUCGAAACAGGUAAGGGAAUUUUUACAAAAAAUAACCUUGUUAGAAAGUUGCUGUUGCAAAACAAGCGUUUCCUAAUUUUUUCCUCUCAUGUGUUCGUUGCAGAAAUCAAACACGAAGUUAUCGAGAUCCGUCAGAUCGCGUAGAAAAAGAUACGUUACCCCAUCGACCCCGUGCACACAGUACGAAUGGUACGACAAACACAACCAACAGUAGUACCACCACUACAAACAGUGUGCCUAGUAAAUCACCAUCUAACACCACUUCAAGUAGUUUUACGAACUGGAGGAGAAAUGAAGAGGAUUAUAGGUACAGUACAGUAUUGCUCGUAAAUUACCUAAAACUGCAUUUGCCUUUCCAAAGCGUCCGCGAAUGCCUCCAGAACACGGCGUGUUCUAUUUGUAUUUCAAACUGUUUCCAAACUUGAACUCGCGUUCUUGCAUCAGAGAAUUCCGAAGCAUCAAAACUCGAGUGAUUCUACAUGGACAGUGAGCAAUUUUUUUCAAAGACGCACUUAUUUACAUUUGCAAUAAUAUAGCAAACAGUAACCUGUGUUACUUUACUUUGCUAUUAAUUAGAAAAAGAAAGUUGACAAACUACAUUUGAUUUUUUUUGUUAGACCUGGGUCAAGAGUACGGAGGAGAAGAGGAAGUAGUGAAGAUAUCCGUACAAGUGUACGUAUUUCACUCAUAGUUUUUGGGAAAAAUAAAUGCAGCAAAAAAGUAUCGGUAUAUAAUACCAACGUGCGAUCAUUCAAGAUUUCUAGUCGUACCUGACUGGUAUGCCAAUGGUUGUUGCCGCGUACUGUACUUGCGCUAGAACAAACUCAGUACUCAAUGUGUACUUAGUCUUUAAAAUAAGGUUCGUAAAGUACAGGUCUCUGAAAAGUAUGUUCAGACUACGAGGUAACAAACGGAGUUUUGCUAUUUGAAAAGGGUGUUUUGCUAGUUGAAAAGGGAGUUUUGCUAUUUGAAAAGGGUGUUUUGCUAUUUGAAAAGGGAGUUUUGCUAUUUGAAAAGGGUGUUUUGCUAUUUGAAAAGGGAGUUUUGCCAUUUGAAAAGGGAGUUUUGCCAUUUGAAAAGGGAAUUUUGUCAUUUGAAAAGCGAGUUUUGCUAUUUGAAACGGGAGUUUUGCUAUUUGAAAAGGGAGUUUUGCUAUUUGAAACGGGAGUUUUGCUAUUUGAAAAAGGAGUUUUGCUAUUUGAAAAGGGUGUUUUGCUAUUUGAAAAGGGUGUUUUGCUAUUUAAAAACGGAGUUUUGCUAUUUCAAACAACCAACUCCAACGUUUCUUAGUGCCAUCAGUGCAAUCAUGUUUCAUGCCAAGACAUCUCAGACACAUGAUAUACCAACUAAAUUACGAUAUUGAAUACCUUGGGCUUGGAAAGGUCAUGUGAUACCAGCAAAAAGUGCGCAGAUAGCAAGAGUUCCGCGUACCUACGUGGUACGUGACUGAAAACAAAGAAGUACCAGACCGUAAUAUUGGCGUACCUCCGGUACGUAAGUACGCGAAUUAUCGCACCCUGUUUAAUACUAUAUAUGCACCUUGUAGCUCAAUAGUUAGAGUGUCUGUCCCGUUAUCAGAAGGUUAGCGUCUGUCCGUUACCAGAUGGUUACAUGGUUAGAUUCUUGUUAGGGCUCAGAAGUUCUUCAAUCUGAGAUAUAAGCUUGAUAUGUACCAAAAUCAUAUACACCGUAUGUGGUCGAAAAUAGCUAAAAACCAAAAGACAUACAUAGUGUAUUAUUGUCGAUUUCAAGUCACUUUACAACGCGCGGUUCCCAAGUUCGUUGCGAACUUGCCAAUUACGCUUCCAAGUUCGGAAAUUGGGCGCGAACUUCGCAACAAAGUUCGCAAGUUCAUUUCAAUGUUUGAACUUCGUUUGUAAACAAAUGUUCAUACUCAAUAAUAAUAACCAAUUCAAUGAAAUACAAACCUUGGUAGACCACUUGAUAGACCACUGGACCAAGAUUGGUAGACCACUGGACCAAGAUUUUUCCAUUGAAUUGUUAAUUUCAACUUGAACUAUGAACAUUAAAUACAUUUGUUUACAAUAAUUCAAACAUUGAAAUAUACUUGCGAACUUUGUUGCGAAGUUCACGCCAAAUUUUUGAACUUGGAAACAUAAUUGGCAAGUUUGCAACAAACUUGGGAACCGCGUGUUGAAAAGUGGCUUGAAAUCGACAAUAAUAUUACAACAUGUUCUGUGAAGUGAGAUUAAUAUUGAGUUUUGCAAUUUUUAGCGAUCACCUAUACCUCAAGAACCUCAACGCAGCAAGGAUGAUAGCCACUUUAACUUAUCGAAUGCACAGUUUCCACCUCUACCUUCAGCUAAUACAUUUGUAAGUAUGCACCGUUAUUUGGAGGAAGCUUGAAUAUUAUUGGUCAACUUUGUUUUAAGUUAAAAGUAUCAUUUCAAGCACAAGGUAACAGCAUAUCGCAUAAUUGUUUUAGAAAACAUCCGAUCUACCCUUACAAUCUCCAAGUACUAGACAAGACUACAACAAGGUAAGGUGAUUUGUUUUACUGAAACAGUGAAUCUUAUAAACUCGGUAAAGAUGACGAGUAAUCUAAGUUAACUCACUGAGUAAAAUCGUCUGGCGUUAGAUAGAGUAGUAUACUAAAGUAGGGUGCAAUGCAACUUAAUGGCUUAAUAGAAUUAUUUUUAUUUCAUUUAAAUGAGAUCUGAAUGGAAUGACAACGAGAAUAUUUUCUUUUAGGUUGCGUCAUCUCCUCCAGUAUCGCCACCGGUCACUCCAACAAGGUAAAGACAAUGGAAAAAUUACGAUAAUUCUACAUAACAAGCAAUAAUAAAUUGAUAUACAACAGUAAAUAUAAAUUACAGCGUAAUUUAUUUGCUGAAGUGCUAGAUUAGCUCCGUGUGAUAGAGCGGCUUGUAGACCAACGAGUGAAAUGGGGGUGUUAAAAUUAUUGUUACAGCUUUGUCUGUACAAUUAUUCAGCUAGAAUUUCAAAGGCUUUUAUUGGGAGGAGAAUUUACUGGGAGACGGUUGACCUUCCUCGCCCCCUAGUGUUCGCCACUGCCAACAACUCCAACAAGGCCUUAUAAGUUCAAACCCUGUUUUUGCAUGCACUCAGGAAUUUUUCCUGAGUGUAAGCAAAGCGAAAACAUAUAUUGCAUAAUAUGUUGCUGGACUUUUCUAAAAAUGAACACCAUUGCAUUUGUAGUACUGUCAAGGUAACUACGACCAAACCAGACAAGGAAGAAACCAAGGAUAAAACAACGAACGAAACAAGUGAAACUCCAGCAAAGAAAGAGGACACGAGAAAGACUGAACCAACAAAGAAAGUCAGUGAACCUGAAGUGAACUCAAAAGACAAUAUUAAGGACAAUCCAAAGACAACUCCUCUCGAUAAAACUAAGGUAGGCUGGGAAAUUCUUUCAUUUCAUGUGAGACGUUGCGUGCCAGAACUUUACAGUAGAGAGGUUAUAAGAUACCCCGGUUUCGGUGUACGUGUACGCCGUACGGGUAGCAUGAUUUUGGUUAGCAAUAUUUUCGUCGAUGUCUGUACCUUUACUCGUAAUUAAGGUGCACAUUUUUCACAUUAUAUCAUUGUCUAUUGCAAGAAAACAGAAAAAAGUAUGAUCGAAUUACAGACAUCAGUAAAACAAGAUGACACUACUCGUACCCGUACACCAAAACCGGGGUAUCUUAACCUCUCUAGUGUCUAAGCCGAGAUCGCUUAACGAUACCUCAACUUUCUAGAUGACAUGAUAUUUCUUUAUUUUCAAGGAAACCUCACUGAGUGAGAAACUAAGUUACGCUCAGAUCGCUCAGAAGAAGGCAAUGCAGAACAAACAACAGACGACAACGACGACGGCUGCUACAGUCACGACUAGUACAAACGCACAAUCGUAGCCUGUUCCUAAGAAGGUAAGUUUGAAUCUUUCAAUUUUCAUCCAACAAGUUCUUUUCUAAUGCUGAUCCUUUUUGGUCCAGUAUUACUGCAGAAGGAAACCGGAGAACACACGUACUGUGAAAACGCACAAGUUGUAAAAAACCUUCAGCAGACUUGUAGCAAUGCUGUUCCAACAACUUGUCAACAGGAUGUGUUCGCACUGCUUGUUCCCAGCUUGUUGACAACGACUUGUUCCAACAGACUUGUUCACAACGAGUUCAACAUAGUUGUGACAAGUUGUUCCAACAACGUUUGCAAUUCAACAAUUUGUCAACAAGUUGUGAGUGACAACCUUGUAGCAACUUGAUAAAAUAACAACAUUGUUACAACUUGUUGACAAGCUUGCUACAAGCCUGUUGCGAACACAUCUUGUUGGCAAGUUGUGUGCACCCGAAGAAAACAAGAAGCACUCUUUAUUUAUACAUUGCCCAUUGUGCGACCAACAUUUCUAAAUGAUCUCCAUGCCCUUUCUCACAUGCGUGGUCCUUCCUGCAGGAUAAACACGAUGUUUGAAAUAUCCUUCGAGGUUUCGAAGGUACUCGUGCGUAAAAGUGAUUAGCGCCGUGCAAUGUAGUGUGAUAUGGCAGUUCCAGAUGAAAUGAAAUUUCGCCGUGUACAUAUUUAAAGAUCUACAUCUGGAGUGACAGGCGAUUGGCAAAGAGGCUUGAACCUGUAAAAAUACGACUGUAUAUACAUAACAAUGUGUUAAUGUUGGUAAGAAUUUCGUUAUACAUGUUGUAAGUAUAACAACGAGGGUCUGUAUUUAGCUGUAACAUAAAUGCAGUCUAAACGUUGGUGUACACUAUCAGAGUUUCUUUGCCCAAAGUGCAGUGUGAACAAUGUGUGUGAUAGUGUAAACAUCGUUAGCCGUGUUUACGCUGCAAGCCUAGCCUGGGAUAUGGCCUAAUUUGGAUUGACCAUCACAUUACUGUGUGCGCUAUAAAAUAAACGAUAUGAAGGCUUUAAUAAAUUAAUCCUCAUUAAAAAUAUCUGAAAUAUCCCGACUUCAAAACUGGCUCACGACAUUCAACAAAAAUGUCUGUCCAACCUUAUUUCCGAGAUCUGUAGUGACACAAUUUGUCAGACUUACACUAUUGAACUGAAACUUGUUAUAUUGUUUGAAACUUGUAUGAAAAAAUAGUGUGAUACUAAAGGUUCACGCCCCCUCCCCCACCCUUAAAGUUUAAUCAUGAGCAAUGACGGAACUUUGAUCAAAGUAACUUUGGUAGUGUACGCCAACCUUAAAGAAGCUUGGUGUAUUUAGUUGCACUAACACUUCAAAAGUGUAACCAUAUAAACUAUGAUUGUAGAGAUUAUAGCAUAUUAAGUUAGCAAAAAUUGUCCCGAGCGUGAGUACCAUAUUCUCUCCCUAACCUGCAUUUUGUCUCUUCGCGUACCUGACUUUUGAUAGCGUUAAAAGUUGUGUCAUCUACUCGAACGUAAACGUUAGUUGGGUUUAAAUCUACUUAUACGGAUAAAAAAUUUUCAAAAGAAACCGGUCAAAGUAAUUGUUUCGUCUGUUAAAAGCGAAGGAAAUUGCAGCAAGCAAUGAAUUGGCAAGAACAAAGGAAAUCGGUCCAAUUUGGGAGAGAAUGUGUACUGUACAAACAAGCAUAUCCUUAGAUCUCAAUUUCCCGAAACUGCACAAUAAUUGAGGAAUGUCAACCAUACAGAUAGACCUAAUUAGCUAAUCCAUGUUUGUGCUCAAUUUUCAAUUAACUCUCAAUCCUUGUUACCAUUGUUAUGAUAAUGUAAGCAAAGGAAUGGAACAAAGAUAACCAAGCAUUUGAGUUGUAUGUGCCUGGUUUACUUUAUCACAUUCUGUGAUCACAGUAGGAAUUUUGCAUCGGUAAAUUCUACGUUUUGAAGGAUUUGUAAGAAAUGUUUGAGGGAACUCACUCAUUAUUAAACACAAAAAGUCAAUUCCCUCAAACAUUUCUUACAAAUCCUUCAAAACAUAGAAUUUACAAAAUUCCUACUGUGAUCACCGAAACUUUGAUAGUGUAAUCCAGGUUUUAGUGCACUUGGCAGCGACGGGCAUAAAGAUGUGUUAGUUGGUUAGGUCUAUUCCAGGUUGAGCCAAGCUGAUUUGGUAUAAUCAUUGGAUCUCGUUUUAAUCAUCCUCAGUUCGAAACUACUUUGGAAUGUUCCUUGGUGAUUUGGUAACCCAGUUGUUACUAUGUAUGUGAUUAUUGUUGACAAUAGCAACUAUUUUUGAUUCUCAUAUAAUUUAUAAAAAUGCUAUUAUAUCAUAAUCAAGGACAAUAUAAUCCCGGACAGUAAUCAGUCAAAUGGUCCUGCAAAUUGUACAAAACUAGAUUUCUUGCAGUACUGAGGAUAUGCUGAGAUAGCUCUGCAAUAUGUUCCAAGGGACGUAGUCAGGGGGGGGGGGUGUAUUGAGAGAGCCAUGCAAAGGUGAAACCCAACAAUCGAUUCAUGACCAAAUCCCGAUCAUCAAUGACUUCCAACAAUUAUUGAGAUCUAAUGUGAAAAAAAUCCGAAGUGAAUUUAUACCACUUUCUAACCGAGUCAAAUGCCAUUCAUGAAGCAAGAGUCGAUCAAAUGGAAAUGUAGAUAGCUUAUGAAUUUUGUGGGUGUAACCCUUUGCUCUUCUCCCUCCCAGACUCCUGGCUACGUUCCUGUUUGUUACAUGCUAGUGUGUGUAAAUACUUUACUAAUGAAGCGUUAUUUUGUAAGAGAAAUUAUGCAGGAUAAAUUGACUGAUUUCCAAAAGUUGUGAAAUGU